AUGAACCUGCUCUCAAGCAAUGGGUCGCAGCUCAUGAGAGAACGGAGUUCAAAUGGAUUUAUGCUGAGCAGCUGCCCUAUAGAGGAGGUGGCCAUCCAAGCCGAGGCGCCGGGCGGGUGGCCGGCGGCGGCGCGGGAGGCCUGCCUGCGGGCGGCCGAGCGGCUGGGCGACUGGGCGUGGGAGCGGCUGCAGGAGGGCCCGUGGCACCGGGUGGGCCGCGCCUGGCGCCGCCUCUUCGCCCACGCCUGCCUGCUGCGGGCGCUCUGCCUGUGCCGGGCGCGGGGGCCCUGCGCCGAAGCCCUGCGCGCCUGCGACCUGGGGCUGCUGCUGGGCACGCCCGGCCCCGAGCUGGCCCGCCUGGCCGCGCUGCUGCAGCGCCUGCUGCCCGCCCCGGAGGGCCCGCCCGGCAAGAAGCCGCGCUCGGAACGCCCCCCGGCCCGGGCGGAGGAGGCGGCGGCGGCGGCGCGGGUGCCGGUGUCCCGGGUGCGGCGCCCGUCCCUGCAGCGCUUCCGCGAGCGCUUCCUGCUGCCCGGGGCGCCGCUGGUGCUGGAGGGCGUCGUGGACCACUGGCCCUGCCUGCGUAAGUGGAGCGUGGAUUACCUGCUUCAGUUGGCCGGCAACCGCACCGUCCCGGUGGAGCUGGGCGCUCGCUACACCGACCAGGAUUGGUCCCAGAACCUCAUGACGGUCGCGGAGUUCGUCGGCCGCUUCGUCAAGCAGGAGAAUCCCAAUGGAUACCUUGCUCAGCACCAGCUUUUUGAACAGAUCCCAGAGCUGAAGGAAGACAUUGGCAUCCCGGACUAUUGUUGCCUGGGCAAAAAUGAUGAAGAGGAGAUCACCAUCAAUGCCUGGUUUGGCCCAUCAGGGACCAUCUCACCUCUUCACCAGGAUCCACAACAAAAUUUCUUGGUCCAGGUGAUGGGACGCAAAUAUAUCCGUCUGUUCUCUCCUGACCAGUCUGAAAAACUGUAUCCACACGAAGGCCACCUUCUUCACAACACCAGCCAGGUUGAUGUGGAAGACCCUGACUUCGUGAAGUUUCCUAAGUUCAAGGAAGCAGCAUUUCAAGACUGUAUCUUGAGCCCUGGAGAGGUCCUAUUUAUCCCGGCCAGUUACUGGCAUUAUGUUCGAGCCCUGGACACCAGCUUCUCCGUUAGCUUCUGGUGGUCCUAGUUUAUGCUGAGAACAGAACAGCCACAUCCAGAGGAGCCAAGAAUAGGUACAGGUGAUCCAUGUCUUGCAUCUGCCAUAAGAUGGGCUGGUAGUUACCUGAACAGAAAGGCUGUGGCAGAUGUGGCAUUUCCGGGCAGACUCCGGGUAAUGGCGGAAGAUGUACUGUUCCAGUUCAAGGAUGCUGCGG